GCAUUCGAUAAAACUGUUGCGAAGGACAACUCCCUGGCUGUGGGCUUCUUCCAGAGAGGGUUUGUCCAUCUGCAGCUGGAAAUGUACGAGGAAGCUCUCUCUGACUAUCAGAUGGCCUUCAGUCACCUCAGAAAAAAUCCCUUCAUCGAUUACAAGCAGCUGGGGCUCAGGCACAUACUCUAUGCAUGGGAGGUGCUGUACAGCGUUGCGGCAGCGCAGUGCCGGCUGCAGCAGUGGCAGGAGGCCAGAGUCACCCUGGAUAAGGCCGUUGUGUGGAGACCUGAAGGGAGAACGGCAAUCCUGGACCUGGCCCUCGAGCGGGUGCAGGACCGCCUGUUUUUAGAGCCCAUGCACGUUCCUCUCGGGGAAUUUUUCAGGCCACGAAAGAAGGAAGUUGAACAGCUGGAUUCCAAAGAUUUCCUGGGUAAACCCAAGGUAAUCUCAUCCAUCAUUCCCAACGAUGAAUACAUUGGCUUCGAGCCUCUCAGGCCUCAGAAACAGGGCUUUUAUGAACCCAGUGCGGAUGCUCUGCGGGACAGUGAGUCAGGCUACUAUCGAGUUGUGUCCCCUCAUUACCCUGAGGACUCGGAGAGGUUGGCAGUGAAAGGCGGCAGCUUGGUCUUUGUACUGACGAGAGGCACGGAUGGCUGGGCCACAGCCAUACACGAUGGGCAGAAGCUGCGCAUACCCAGCUCUCUCCUGGAGCCUGCCUCGAAGAUGGAUAAAUGGAAGAUCAGCAAUGGGAUUCCCCUCCCUCCUGCCCAGGUGCCUCCCAGCCGGCUCCACGGGAAGCAGAAGCCAGGAUCUAGGGGAGAAGAAAUCCCUGCAAACGAUGCUGGCGCCCAAGUGGACUUUGAGAUCCCACCAAGCCAAGGCGAAGCUUCACUGGACAGACCCGUUGUGCUGCGAGCGCGUUGUGAGUGCACGGUGGUGGUGAGGGCAGGCGAGGUGCCGUCUCUGCCCAACCUGCGGGCUCUGCUGAAGGAGCGGUUCUGCCAGCAGGCAGAGCGAGGGAAACUGAGCUACAGGCAUUCGGAUGGCAAAGAACUGGGCGCAGUUUCAGGAGAGGAGGAUCUGGGGAAGAUGUGGCAGCAGCUGACAGAUGGGAGGCUGACGCUCUGCUGCCAGGACUCAGACUCCCACUCGGGCAGACCCGUCCUGUACCGGAUGCUGGCUCAGCACUCCUACCCUGCGCAGGGACCCGGGGACCUGGAGUUCAGCAAGGGAGACGUGCUGGAUAUCCUCUCUGAAGGUAGCUCCCCAGUCCUUGUGCUGGGGCAGGCUUUUGGAGGCUGCUGCAGGGAGGGACUGGGGAACAGAUGGCCUCUCCAGUGCCAUCUCAGGCUCACGCUCUCAGGAGUGAACGAGGACUGGCUUGAAGGGCGCUGCAAUGACAAGACUGGCAUCUUCCCCAAAUGCUUUGCAACCCGGACCAGUUGUGGUGCUGCCUGCCUAUAG